CUGCCAGCUUGGUUCCCCCGGCGGGAAGGUGUGUACGGCGUGCGUGAAGCAUGGCUGCGGUGCCCCCCGAUACGUGGCAGCCGCCCACUGUUUCUUUGGAGACUACAAUGGGCAUCAUUGUUGUGGAGCUAUACUGGAAACAUGCACCAAAAACUUGUAAAAAUUUUGCUGAACUGGCCAGACGAGGUUACUACAAUGGCACAAAGUUUCAUCGGAUAAUCAAGGACUUCAUGAUUCAAGGGGGUGAUCCAACAGGAACUGGAAGAGGAGGCGCAUCCAUUUAUGGCAAGCAAUUUGAAGAUGAACUCCAUCCAGAACUAAAGUUUACAGGUGCAGGAAUUCUUGCUAUGGCAAAUGCAGGCCCUGACACCAACGGAAGCCAAUUCUUUAUCACGUUAGCACCAACUCAAUGGCUUGAUGGGAAGCACACUAUAUUUGGACGUAUUUGCCAAGGAAUUGGCAUAGUCAACAGAGUGGGCAUGGUGGAAACCAAUGCACAAGAUCGUCCAGUAGAUGAUGUCAAGCUCUUGAAGGUUUUCCCUUCAGGCUAAACGAGAUUUGAGAAUUUUGUGUUGAAUCUAAUGGUAUUCCAUUGUGUUUGGUCUCUUAAGAUGAUAAUUGUUUUGUUCUGAAAGAUACUUGCUAGUUUUUUAGGUGCAGGAUACUCCUGUAUUAAAAUGUGUCUUCUAAAAUUAUCAUUAACAUUUCUUCAAAAAUGUAAAGCUAAAUUUAUCAAGAAAUAAUUUGACCUAUUUGAACAGGGCCUGUACCACCAAAUUACAGUGCUGUUGCUUUCUAAGCUUUAUUCUCUCCCACCCCCAGCGUCCACUUAGAGUGCAGCAAUCCAUCUGUAUUGUAAACAAACCACCUUAAAUGCACCAGAAAUAAGACAAUAUAUAGUAUUUUGUAAGUCAUCAGAAUUGCAUAUUGGGUCAUGGGUGUCUGUGUGGGUCUCAAGGCAGCGCUGCCCUAGACUUCCAAGUAUACCUUUUACAAGUUGCACAAUUGAAAAUCUGUACCUAAACAAACAACCCCCCUCAUCCGCAUGACUAUUAAAGUAUAAGCACUCUAAUCUUGAAAAGCCCCAAAAUUUGGGAUCCCCUCCAAACCGGUGCCAAAGUUUUGCAGUCGUUUUGCAUCACAAACCCUGUUUGUGGAAGCGCCCCCCAAAUUGAUACAUCAAACCAGGGGUCCUUGCAAAACAACUGCACCAGUUUGGAGGGAACCCAAAAUUCCAGGGUUAGUGUUUGUUCUCAAGAUAAUACUGAGGGCAGAAUCCAGCACUGCUUGUGUGGACUUUCACGGGUGUAGAUGGACUUCAGCUUUUCUUCCUGCCAUGCAACCCCAAAAUCUGCUCUUUCCAGAGCCAAAUUUGAGGGUGUAGGGAACUGCAGGGGGAGAAGAGUAAGGUGGAGUCCUGCUGUAUGAGUAGAAAUCUCUUCCAUUUGUGCACGAACAACAUUAGAUACAACCUAACCAAAUAUUUCAAUUUAUUCUGGCAAAAAGUAGCUCCAAGUAGUGCAUUUUCUAGCAUAGAUUUGCGGCAGUGAAGUUCCGACUUCAAAUCAUACUUGGUACCAUCAGUUUCCACAGGCACAAAAUUAUUUUUCUAAAGUUAUAACAGCUAUGUAGAGGGUAAUGCUAACUGAUUCUAAAGUAUUGCUCUAUAUAAUGAUGAUACUUUAGGAAAACCUUACUCCUUUCUCAGCACCUAGCAAUUGUAUGCAGUUCCCUGAAUAUGCUCUCAAUUCCUCAAGAGCUCCACUGUUGGUGUCUUCUCUCAUUUCUGCAGAAAACUUUUAUUUAGAAGCUUCACAUAGUGAAUCUUUCGCAUGGGCCUGUUCAUCCAGGAAUUCUGUUCAGCAUGGAAGAAUCCCGGCUUAGGGGUGAGAUUGAUGGAUGCGGCUCUCCCAUAUCCAUUCAAUUGCCAGGAGAGAAAACAGAUACAUUCCCUUUACAUUCCGAAUGAAGGCAAUUUUUUCCCCCAGGCUAGGAAGAUCAAAGUAAUCCAUGGAGCUCAGUUCCUCCCUGGAGCUGGAUUAGCCCAUGUCAGCACACAGUUUCUGUGGCACCCUGUUGCCUUCAAAGGCAGAAGGCUCUGGGUUACAUCUGCCUGUGUUUCUUUAAUGAGAGCUUGGGAGUAAGAUUUAGCAUUUUAUGAUCUGCACACAAAUUAACUCUGUUCAAGGGCAGCAAGAUGAACUUAGGGUAGGACAAAAGGAUGCAAACAGCCCCAUCAGUAUAACUUCCAUGAUUCCAGCUGCUCUGGCAAAGGGCGCAUUCCUUUGGCUGCUACCAGCCCCUAUUCUGGAGCCCAUGGCUUCCUACUUAAUUGGCACUGUCAGAGCUGCUUUUGAACAUAACCUUGUUUUCAGGCAUUGGGUUUCUUUGGCCCAGCUCUAGGUGGCUAGAUGCAGUUGUAUGCCCUUGAUCUUGGCAUGUGAGCAAUUUUCCCACAGUAGACAACAUCAAUCAACUUCAAGAGCCAGAGUCGCUAUGUGAUUGGAAUAGUAGUGUAAUGAGGCAUAUAGCUUACUUAGUUUUCUGAGAAUGGGGCAUAACAGAACACUUAACCCAUGGCUGUUGCGGUUGCUCAGGGCACAAAGAGUCUGCUAGUGAGGGGGUGGGACUUUGUCUAUGAAAGCCCCAUAAUAUAUGCAAGAAUGCCAUGCUAACCACUAGCCCAUGUUAGGCAACUGAGUUGAUGUUGUUCUGUUACAUGGCCCCUCCCAAAAUGAUUUCAGCAGAUCACAUAACCAUUAUAUACCCAUGUUCAAAACACAGAAGGCUGUAAAUGGUCAUUCUUUUCCUAGUAAUCAGAUUCCCAGGAAUCAGAUUCACAUCGUUGGCAAUCACUUAUUACAUGGUUAAAAGGCUUGAAAAAUGCCAUAAAAUUGUUUCUCAAAAAGGGCAAGAUUUCAUGCCUUCAUGGAAAAGUCCAGUGGUUAUGUUGCAUCAUUGAUCUGGGAAGCAGACUUUCAUGAGCAAUAUUAACGAACUGAUUUAUACUGGCAUCAAUGCAUCUCUUGAUCUAAGCAAGGUAUGCCUUGUUUAAAUGUUUUGUGUCCUACACAAUAAAUUUGAUCCCUUCCACUUCUUUAGGGGCUGCCUCUGGCAACUCAAGUGUUAUUUGAAUGCAUUUUUAUAACCAAAUAAAAUAUUUUGUAAGUAUUUAUA